CGUAACCAUUUUGACUCCCAGCCUCGACAACAUAAUCGCUCGUUUAGCGCAAGAGAAGAGAAAUCUGUUCAAUGACAAUGGACUGCAUAGAAAAAAAUAUGAUGGCCACUGGAUUUUUCUCGUUAACACGACGGUAUAUAAAUCAGAUUACAGCCAUUAUAUGAUGUCACUUGUAGAUGUCGAUUCAAACGAGAAACAACAUGUUUAAGUUGAUGCUAUUGGCACAGCUAUGUUUGGCCACAGUGUCAUUAUCAUUGCCCUCGGCGUCGACGUCAAAAGGCGUGAAGAGAGAUAUUGCCAGUCCAGGAAGCAUCGCCAACUUGUUCGCACGUGACGAUGACUUGUACUACAAUCAGUAUCCUGGCUAUGCCGGAGGUUAUGGCUAUAGUUAUGGCUACUAUCCUCGCGCAACUGACGUCAUCUCGCCAUUAUAUUAUAACGACGGCUAUGGCACCGGUUGGGGUUAUGGAGCCGGACUUGGCAGAACUGUCGCAUCUUAUCCCUAUUAUUACAGUGCGUGGCCUGGAUACUAUGGAUAUAAUCGUUAUCGGUACGGUGGAUAUGGUGCAGGAGUAGGCUAUGGACUCGGCGGCUACGGACAUAGUUAUUAUUAAGCCAUAUUAUAUUGUGGGCUUGGACUACUACUGAAACUUUACAAGGAUGCCUGCGUACUUGAGAAAGUUAGCAGCAGAGUUAUAGCAUUUGAUGGAUAUGCGUAAGAGAUAUUCAUUAAAUGCCGAUUGUAGUCAUUGAAGAAAAUGAAUUGAUUUUUUUAAAUAUAUUUGCACUAAAUAAAUAUUUAUAUUGUGAAUGUUAUACCAAAUUUGUAAGUAAAUAAAGUGAA